AGUCGACUCCCUCUGCCCGCGAGCUGUUUUUGUACAUUCGGCUACAGAACAGUUUUGUGUCGCGCGGGCCUUAAAUUAGUAGCUUUUCUACAUUAUUUUCAAAAUAUGCUCGCUCACGGAAUCAAAACAAUAAAACGAAGAACAAGAAUUCUCAAGAAACUCUUGCCUCUAAUCAAACUUGGAUAGAAUUAAAAUCAAGAAACUUCCACGUAGUUUGAAGGGUGUAUUUGUGAUUUUAUUUCACUACUAUCGCUCUCGAACGUUUACAAGACCAAGCUCGCGCCAGUCUGAUGAAUUCGCCGAACCAAGACGAAGAAGAUGUGCCCGUUAAAGACCCGGUGAAAUACGGCGAGUUGGUCAUAUUGGGGUACAAUGGCUCUCUGCCCAGUGGAGACCGGGGGAGGAGGAAGAGCCGCUUCGCUCUGUACCGGAGGACCAAGGCCAACGGAGUCAAACCCAGCACUGUUCACAUCCUCAACACACCACACGACAGCAAGGCAGUCCACAGCAGGGGGCAGCACAGCAUCUCCUUCACUCUGUCCCGCAACCAGACAGUGGUGGUGGAGUACUGCCACGACAACGACACUGACAUGUUUCAGAUUGGGCGCUCCACAGAGUGUCCAAUAGACUUUGUCGUGAUGGACACAUCAGGAGAGGGGAAGGAGUGCGAGGACCCCUCGGUGGCCCCCAGCACCAUCUCCCGCUUCGCCUGCAGGGUGGUGUGUGAACGCAACCCCCCCUACACCGCACGCAUCUACGCCGCUGGCUUUGACUCCUCCAAAAACAUCUUUCUAGGGGAGAAAGCCACUAAGUGGAAGAACCCGGACGGCCACAUGGAUGGCUUGACCACCAACGGGGUGCUGGUGAUGCACCCUGAGGGCUUCCCUGAGGACAACAGACAGGGCCUGUGGAGGGAGAUUUCUGUUUGUGGGGACGUCUACGCCCUCCGAGAGACACGCUCUGGACCCAGCCGAGGCAAACUGGCGGAGGGAGAGAGCAGUGCCCUGCGGGAUGGUUCUCUGGUAGACCUGUGUGGAGCCACUCUGCUGUGGCGUACUGGAGAGGGCCUGCUCCACGCUCCCACCCUCCGCCACCUGGAGGCACUGCGACAGGAGCUCAACGCUGCCCGGCCACAGUGUCCUGUAGGCCUCAGUACCCUGGCAUUCCCCAGCAUGCCACGCAGCCACAGUUUUCCUUUUCUCCCCAGUCUGGAGGAGCGCCAGCCCUGGGUUUACCUCACCUGCGGACACGUGCACGGCCGCCACGACUGGGGCCAGCGCCCCGAGCGCCGGGAGGCGGGAGGAGGAGAGGGGGAAGGAGGGAUCUCCACAGUCCGCCGGGAGUGCCCUCUAUGCAGGAGCGUGGGGCCCUACGUGCCCCUGUGGCUGGGGUGUGAGCCCGCCGUGUACGUGGAUGCUGGAGCGCCUACGUACGCGUUUGUACCCUGCGGCCACGUGUGUUCAGAGAGGACAGCCAAGUACUGGGCGGAUACCCCGCUGCCCCAUGGGACCCACGCCUUCCGGCCCACCUGUCCCUUCUGCUCUGCCCCUCUCAGCAGCACCCCACAGGGCUGGACACGCCUCAUCUUCCAGGGCCCCAUCGACUAGCCAUGCCCCCACGGAUGCAUUCCACAACUACUACGCAACAGUGGAACCAACAGUCACUAAACCAAAGGCCCAAUCCUAACUUGAGAUAAUAGUGUAUAACUAAUAUAAAUAUUUCUCCAAUUUACACUACAUCCAUGGUGAUGUUAGACAAGUGUGUGUACCUCAAACAUUUGUGUAAUAAUGUGUUAACGUCAUUUUAGGAUCUGUGCUGUAGUUUGCAUUAGGCACAUUUCUCUCAAGGUAAGAUUUGGCCAUAACAGAAUCUCCCUUCAAAAGCAAUAAGAACACCACUAUAGCGAAGCAUAGUUUUUAGAUUAGCUAGUUUUUUGGCUAGUCAUCCAUGUCUCCAAUUCUGUCUCUCUUCAGACAUGGCUGAAUGUUGUCUGUAGCUCAAGGGCUAAACCUGAGGUGUGUUGAAGUCACUGAAUGUUCAUGAUUGCUGGUUUCCUGACAAAUUCCUCUCAGUCCAAUUUUGAACCAAUAAUGUAAUGUUACUUCAGUGUUUGAGUGAAUAUUCCCUUUGACAAAUAUGAAUUAUCCGUAAAACAGAACAUUGUAAUAUUUUGAGAAGCGGUUAAGUGAUAUUGGUGAACAUAAUGCAGUUUGACCACACCUCAGGUUUGUGACCAAACAGACAGACAGGGUCCGUGUCAUGAGACAUAGCAAAAAGGUCAGAAAGCGUGACAUAAAAUAACCUCACAAGACAUUUUUUUUUUUCAAUGAAAAUAUAACUAUUUUAUUAAAAUGGGGGGUGUUUGGGGUGGGAUUUCAUUUAGAUGUUGAGUGUUAAGAUACAACUAUUUUUCUAUCUUGAGUAUUUAGUUAAAUGUGAUUUCUCAAUGUACGCGUUUUCUGUAAGUGUAUGACUUGUGUGUUCGAUGAAACGAGGAGAGUGAGAAAAUUGCCAACACUGUGUCACACACGUUACACGACCAUAAACAAUUGGCCAGACAAUGAAUGUAGCCAAAUACUCAGGCUAUACUAGCUUAGCCUGCCCAGGUGCUUGUAUUGAAUUGCUCUAUAUUAUGCUACUACUAUUUUUCUAUCUGAACGUUGUGAUAUACAGUACCAGUCGAAAGUUUGGACACAUCUACUCAUUCAAGGGUUUUUCUUAAUAUUUUACCAUUUUCUACAUAGUAGAAUAAUAGUGAAGACAUCAAAACUAUGAAAUAACACAUAUGGAGUCAUGUAGUACCCCAAAAAAGUGUUAAACAAAUCAAAAUGUAUUAUAUAUUUGAGAUUCUUCAAAGUAGCCACCCUUUGCCUUGAUGAUAGCUUUGCCCACCCUUGGCAUUCUCUCAACCAGCUUCACCUGGAAUGCUUUUCCAACAGUCUUGAAGGAGUUCCCACAUGCUGAGCACUUGUUGGCUGCUUUUCCUUCGCUCUGCAGUCCAACUCAUCCCAAACCAUCUCAAUUGGGUUGAGGUCAGGUGAUUGUGGAGGCCAGGUCAUCUGGUGCAGCACACCAUCACUCUCCUUGGUCAAAUAGCCCUUACACAGCCUGGAGGUGUGUUGGGUCAUUGUCCUGUUGAAAAACAAGUGAUAGUCCCACAAAGCGCAAACCAGGUGGGACGGCGUAUUGCUGCAGAAUGCUGUUGUAGCCAUGCUGGUUAAGUGUCACCAGCAAAGCACCCCCACACCACCUCCUCCGUGCUUCACGGUGGGAACCACACGUGGAGAUCAUCUGUUCACCUACUCUGCGUUGAGAUGUUUGGUUGGAACCAAACAUCUAAAAUUUGGACUCAUCAAACCGAAGGACAAAUUUCAACCGGGUCUAAUAUCCAUUGCUCGUGUUUCAUUGCCAAAGCAGGUCUCUUCUUAUUAUUGGUGUCCUUUAGUAGUGGUUUCUUUGCAGCAAUUUGACCAUGAAGGCCUGAUUCACGCAGUCUCAUCUGAACAGUUGAUGUUGAGAUGUGUCUGUUACUUGAAAUCUAGGAAGCAUUUAUUUGGACUGCAAUUUCUGAGGCUGGUAGCUCUAAUGAUCUUAUCCCCUGCAGCAAAAGUAACUCUGGCAUUCCAGGUGACUACCUCUUGAAGCUGGUUGAGAGAAUGCCAAGCGUGUGCAAAGCUGUCAUCAAGGCAAAGGGUGGCUACUUUGAAGAAUCUCAAAUACAAAAUAUAUGUUGAUUUGUUUAACACUUUUUUGGUUACUACAUGAUUCCAUCUGUGUUAUUUCAUAGUUUUGACGCCUUCACUAUGUAGAAAAUAGUAACAAGUCCAAUUGUUACAGGAAGAUGAACACGUUACACCCACACAUGUAACAUGAACAUACACUCACGUCUUGCACUGUCGAUUGCCAAACCUUGCAUUUGUGCUUAAUGGUGCACAGUGUGGCAUGUUAAUUAUACAGCCCUAAAUGCCUCAAAUGAAAACAAAUGUCAGCAAAAUGAGCAGUCCAACACAAAUCUACAAUUUAAACAUGUUAUUUUCCAUAUAAGAUAUAUACACACCUACUCAAACUUCUACUCAGGGGCCAGAGAGAGCAAUAUUUCUUAUUCUGGAGGGUGCAACAUUACAGAACGUUCAGAUAGAAAUGUUUGGAGUAGAACUGAGAAUGUCUCUAUUUUACAUUUCUAUGCCCCAGAUGCAUUAACUACUUCAGGUUUACAGCCAUUAGGCCUCUACACAGUGCCAUGCUGUAUUUCAUAUAAUGGGUAAUGUUACCAAUGGGUAAAUAUAAAACCACUUCAGGACGUCUUCCAAGUCCCCAGUUCAGUUAGAAGAGCAACCUUCUCUUCCUCAGUACCAGUGUUUUCACCAAACCAAUUGUCUAUUAGCUCAGGUUUAGAAUACCCAGAGUUUGCCCCGAGAGUAGCACAGGACACUGAGCUACAGUAAGCUAGUAGUAAUAGAUUUUAGAUGGUCAUUCAUUUCAUGGUCGCAUUUAAGGAGUUGCAUCGUUACAGAACAUUCGGAUAAGAAUGUUUUUUAGAACCAACAUGAUUUUCUCUCAUGGAGAAUAUUGAGUCAUGUCAGCUCUAAAGUCAAUUUCUAUCUGAAACAUUCUGUAACAUUGUUACCUCUUAAUAGGCCUCACCCAGCUAGCACAUAACGUUCUGUGAACCAUAUGUUUCUGCGAGCGUGGUUGUCCUAUUGUUAUUUUGCAUGCAACCUCCUGGGAAUGGUGCAGGAUAGUUGCUUGGCUUUGGAACAUCCUCAGCACAUUUAAGGAACUUGACAAAAAAACUUUGUUAAAGUAAUGAAAUGGCAAGAAAAUAAACUGUUUCCCAAUAGUUCAAAUAUGUUUACAUGUAAUUUCAAUUUUGGUAAUGCUCUAUGAAUAUUCUACAACUUUUUUGACAUUGAGCAUGUUCUCAAAUAGUUCAGAGAACGUUAAGAAACAACGUUCUUCUGUGGGAAAUGUGGUGCUUCAGCAUAUUCAGCAUAAUUCCUAAUGAUUCUAUUUAAAGGCAUGUUCUCAAAUUGUUCCAAGAAUGAACUUUCCAUAAAAAACUAAAAACUUUUAGCAUGUGAGGCUAAAACAUUUACAUUCUCUUUUCAGCAUCAACAAAACUCUUAUCCUCUAUCUUGUUAGUGUGUUCAGGUGGGUUGGUUUGCACCCACUAAUUGGCCACACCUGAUCUUAAUGAGUGCUUGUUUCCUUUUAAAAUGGGGUCUGUUUGAAUAGACUAAAACGAAAAGCUUUGUAUGUGUAAAAAACAUGGCAUGUUAGCUCCAUCCUUGUGGCGCAGUGGACUAAUUCCAUGGAUACACAACAGAAAAUGAUAGGUUUGAAUCUCACUGAUGUUGUGUCACAACAAAAAGUUUGCAUGAUUAAGCCUACGGACCCCCAUUUCCAUGUGUCCUAGCUGUGCUUGAAGUUCCAAAAAAGUUUGCCCAAAAAUAAGCUAGCAUUGUUAUUAAAAGUCUUACUGAAACGUUCAAUGAAGUUAUUUAAAAACCUCCAAAUAAUCGGAGCGUUAAUAAAACCACCCAGGAAAACUUUCAAGGAACCAGAGUAAAAUGUUCUCGGGUCCUCCUAGGCAACCUAAAGAUAAAUGUUCCCAUAACAGGCAAAAUGUUCACUUCUGUUCUCAGAAAAUUACAUUUUUUUCUCAGUUUUACCAGUUAGGAAAUGUAUGGCUUCGUUCCCACAACCAAUGUAUAACCAAGAAACUUAGUUCGCCAAAACUUCCAAGGAACCACAAUGUGCUAGCUGGACAGUACCUUUCAGUAUUCCCCAAAUCCUCAGUACCUCAGGCCAGUUUAGCUCAGAGCAUGUCUGAGAUCAGUUUGACGACGCACUCCUCCAUAUACGGUUAGUGGUACAGUUGCCAGGUCCCUCGUGUUGGGGUGGAACUAGUCAGGUUCAAACACAGUAUAGGGUUUUUUGAAACAUUUCUGUUACCUACCCCAUUACGAUAGCCAAAAUCCCCACUUGUCCAGUCCAUGGGAGAUCCUGCUAUUGGACAUGCCAAUUCUAAAAUGUAUCAUGAUAUAGUAGGUGAAAUGAAAUUGUUUGGCUCAUUUAGUUUUUUAUAUACUUUGGACCUUUUAUCUGUUUUAUCCUGUAAUUUAUUCUCCCAUUGAGUCGGUAGAAGUUACCCCUAACCACUGAUUCAGAGUCAGAAAUGGUUUCAUUCCGUCUAAUGGUUAAGGUUAGAAUUGGGUGAGUGUAAUCUGAUCCUACUAUAGAUCUGUGGUUAAGAGGAACUUCUACUUAAACCAUUAUUUUAUCCGGUUGACCCCCACAUCACAGCUGACCUCUGACUUGUAAAGGUACUGAUAACCUCACAGCUAUCACAUUCCUCUGGAGCGACCAAAACGCUAAACGCUGAUUGUUUCUCACCUUUCUGUAAUCCUGGGGUGCACAGACAAUCACUGUACACACAUCAAUAAACCUGUUUUAAAACUA